AUGGAAGAUGAAACUUUGGGUCAAUUACUGCCAUCAUUUGACGAAAUCCUUUUUUUCAUGGUGCAUUUAAUGGUUGACUAUCAAGAACAACCCAGUAUAAAUUUGGCACCCCAAGCCCUUUGGCUAGUUAAAGAUUCUACCAAAAACUCCCCUAUUCAAUUUGUGAUUUUACAGGUUAAGCAAAAAAUUUAUAAUUCUCUUCAGAAAUAUUGGGGAAAUCUAAACAAUGCAGGUCUCUUAGCAAUAUUACUGGACUCGAGACUCAAGAAAAUAUGCCCUUGGCCUAACUAUAUACGAGAAAAAACCAUCAGAUUAUAUCGUGAAGAACUUGAUACUAUUGCUAAUGAUAGACCUUUGCCUACUGCAUCUCCUCAGGCUACCACUUCAUCAACAAAUCGAUAUUUCACUUCAAUUUUUUAUGAUUAUAGCAAUGAUGAUUCAACAGAUAAUGAACUAGAUAAAUAUAUGGAUAUUAAAAUAGUCUCUAUUGCCCCACAAGAUAAAUCACCUCUAGAAUGGUGA